CUCCGGAUGACCCCCGAGCAUGCGAGAACAGCAGGACUCGUCGCCAUCGCCGCCUUCAGGUACACGGCGGGUGGUCGGAAAUAAGGGAGAUACGAUUAUCAUGUUCCGAUCACACGGAAUUCAUUCACGUAAGGCAGUGGAGGAGAUGCGGGAGCAUAAAGGGAUAUAAGAUACCGGGACGAGUCCGCGGUCACAGAGCGAGCAUCCAGACCACGGAGACCCUCACAGCGAACCGUCACCAUCAACCCCGCCUCCCUUCCGCAUCCCUUCCAAUCUUAUUCAAUUCCCAAACAUGGCCUCAUACCCUCCCAGAAAGUGCUGCUUCCAGGGCGUCAAGCACGAAGGCGACGCGUCUGGCGAAUUCAUCACCAUUGGUGACUUUGAAGUCUAUAAGAAGGCUCCCGAGGGGCCCACCGAGAAGGCUAUCAUCCUGUUGACCGAUAUUCUUGGCCACCGCUUCAACAAUGCCCAGUUGAUCGCGGACCAGUUCGCCGCCAAUGGCUACCUCGUCCUGAUCCCCGAUCUCUUCUAUGGCGACCCCAUCCCCAUUGGUGGAGCUGCCGGUCUGGAGCUCCCCAAGUGGCUCCAGGGCGAAUACCACGAGAAGAAGAUUGCGCACACUCCCCCGGUCAUCGACCCCAUCUUGGAAAAGACCAUUGCUGAACUGCGCACCAAGUACAACAUCAAGAAAAUCGGAGCCAUCGGGUACUGCUUCGGCGCCAAGUACGUUGUGCGGUUCCUGAAGCCCGACCAGGGCAAGGUGGACGUGGGCUUCCUGGCGCACCCCAGUCUGGUGGAGAAGGAGGAGUUGGAGGCCAUCAAGGGCCCUCUGGCGAUUGCGGCGGCCGAGAAGGACCACGUCUUUCCGGCAGAGAAGCGCCACGAGUCGGAGCAGGUCUUGGAGGCGCUGGCGCUGCCUUACGCCGUCACCCUCUAUGGCGGUGUCGGACACGGAUUUGCCCUUCGGGGAGACCUCAGCGACCCCAAGGUGCUGUUCGCCAAGGAGAAUGCGUUCAUCCAGGCUCUGCAGUGGUUUGAUGAGCACCUGAAGGCAUGA